UGUUAACCAGAGGACAAAGGGAAGAAUAUAUACUAUUUAUAUAGGAGAGACUUGCAUUACAAACCUUAGCAAUCGAUAGUCAUUAUCAAUGUAAACCAUGGAGAGAUGUACAUGUAUCCCGAAACAUCGCGCCAAUUGCUUUGUCAAUAACGAUUCAAACAACACAAAUAUUAUUCGACGAUGGAUUAGUUAGAUAAUUAUAUUUUGGCAAACAGAAGCGGAGCAUGUCGAAAUUGAUGUGUAUAGUGUAUUUGGUCCAAGAAAUCAUUGUGAUAUACGGACAGGAAAAAUGUCCAAGUCAACAGGUUCCACCUAGAGAUGGCCUUAUUUGGAGAGAAAGCACUGGGUAUAAAUCUGCUUACGAGUUAUUGGGAUACACAGUGGACAGAGAUUAUCAAUAUGCUAUUGUAUCUUUUAGUGACGCCACGGAAUCUGUAACCAUGUAUAGUGACGACGAGAUCCUCAGAUGCAAUGCGGGCAACGAUUACUUAAUAAAGUAUAGACACUGGCCAAACUACUAUAAGACUGGAAUGAAUCUAGAUACUAACAUCCAGCCUAUAACCCUCUUGGAGAGCACACAGACGACCUUGGUUGUCACCUUAACGUUCUUUUGUAACCGUCAUCAAAACCCCAUAACAGAUUGCACAACCGUCAAUAGUUUUCUGGCAUCUCAAUUGCCCACGACUUACGAAACAACCCGAUUCAGUGAAACUACGACUCCAGAAACAACAACAGUCAUUGAAACUACGACUCCAGAAACAACAACAGUCAGUGAAACUACGACUCAAAAAACCAGCGCUCCUAUCACGCCAACCACGACACCUGCUCCCACAACAGCAACAACAACUGUAACAACUGUUGCCACAACAACAAUUCCUGACACAGGAUGUCCGUUCGCUCUGCAGAAGACCACCUCUGCCAAUCGUUAUGGGGGAUCCCAUGUGGCAAAUGCUACAACAGAAGAAGCAUGCAAGCUGUACUGUCUCAUUACACCCUCUUGCGAGGCUGUCGACUUUAAUAUACAGCGGAAUAUGUGUUACCAACACGCAACAAAUGGAACUGCCUCCAGCAACGCCUGUUGCAACCACUACGCCAAGACAAGCUGUCUCUCUACCAAUACUGUUGCUCCAACCACCACAAACGCUACCACAACAUCUAUGUCCACUGUUACAGCUACGACAUCUGCAACACCUGCCACCACUCGAGAAAUAACAAAAGUCAUUGAAACUACGACUCAAGAGAUAACCACACUAGGCGAAACUACAACUCCAGAAACAACAACAGCAGUCAUUGACCCUUCGAAUUUAGAAACAGCAACACUCAGUGGCAUUGGGAGUUCGGAAACAACAGUCGGCGAUUCUAUGACUUCAGAAACAGAAUUAAUGAUUGAUUCUUCGACUUUUGAAACAACAACAGUCAGUGCCACUACGAGUUUAGAAGCAACAGUCGAUGAUUGGACGACAUUAGAAGCAACUUCGAAAACAGUCGGUGAUUCUACGACAUUAGAAACAAAAACUUUCAGUGAUUUUAUGACUUCUGAAACAGUCGAUAAUUCUACAAUUGCAGAAACAGCAACAUUUAGUACUUCUACGACUUCCGAAUUAAUAUAUAGUGAUACUACGACACCCAGAAUGACCAUCGGUGAUUCUAUAACUCCUGAAAACUCCAUCGGUGAUUCUUUGACUACUGAAACACAAUUAUUUAAUACUACUACUCCGACAUUAGCUGUAAAAACAAAUGCAGAUCUCGAUAAGAUCCCUGCCAUAUUAUUCAAUCAAGAAGAAAUCAAAUCGGCUGAAUCAUUUGACAUUAUCCCAGAGGAAGCAGCUGGCGCUGUUUAUAUUGGGUCUGCAUGGAUGUUCGUCUUGAUUGGAUGUUUCUUAGCCAUAGUUUUACUAGAUAUAGGAAUUCUCACUAGAGAUAUAAGACGAGGUCUCACAAAUAUCAAGUCGUGUGUGUGUUACCUAUAUGAAACAAGAUGAUAUACAUUUUUACUCAUAUUUAUAACCAGAAAAAUAACAUGAUUUCAGUGUACGGAUUCGCUGGUGUCGCGUACGGUUUCAGUUCAUAAAAUAUUAUAAACGUCCCCCUUAGCUUACUGGUCCGCACCCUUUACUGCACAGCUGUGACUUUGGUGGAAAAAGAGGUUUGGGAAUGUUGAAUUAACAUGUAAAAAAUUCUAAAAACUCAAAGACGACCAAAUAAAACUACACCUACUGAUUUUUGAAUAAAAUGGUAGUUUUUUUCAAUUUAUUUAUAUUUCCUUG